UAUGCCAGUUUUGUGUUUUGUGCUCAUUUUAACUUUUCGUCCUAUCUGUCAUUUGGACACGUUUUUGAAUGAAACGGCCAUUUUUUGAAUUUGCGGAGAUUUUAUAAACAAUUCGUGAAAUUGUGACCCAUAUCCAACAGUUUUCGGAAUAUGUAGGGUUUUAAUUAUGCGAAUAACGUUCCAUAAGGGCACAAGUCGUAACGAAUAACGAAAAGACUGUUUCCUUCGGUGAAGUCCAGUUUAUAUGCUGAAAAUGUUCAUAAACAAUGUUAACAAGAAGGAAGAAAUUAAGAGCAUUGCCUUAAGAAACCUACGCAAAUAUGGCAUAAAGCACAGAAUAAAGGCCACAAGACAUCCAGUUCAGGUAACAAAGUCAAAAAAACUCUUCAAAGUUCCAUUGCAAAAUCUUGAAAAUGAAACUAUUACUUUAAAGAAUGGUUUACAACUUGUAAUUCCAAAAAGACUGUUUGAGAUGUGUUCAUAUAUAUUGACUAAGGUUGAUACUGAAGGUAUUUUUAGGAAAGAGGGUUCUAGAUCUAGACAAAAUGAAAUUAAGUUGUCAUUAGAUAGAGGUUGUUCUCUAGGCAUUGAGCACCAUGUCAUUGAUGUCUCUGUAGUUUUGAAGAGCUUUCUUAGAGAAUUACCAGAGCCUCUAAUACCUUAUGCUUAUCAUGAAUUGUUUCUGAGGUGUUCACUAGUAGAACACAAAGCAGAUGCCAUAUUGUUAGCCUGUCUGUUGUUGCCAAAUGAACAUAUCAAUGUUUUAUCAUUUGUUAUGCAGUUUUUGGAUGAAGUGUCUAGUCAUGCAAAGCACAAUAAAAUGGAUGCAUAUAACUUGGCAGUGCUCAUAGGACCAAAUAUAUUUCCUAUUAAUGAAAAGUGUGUUCCAAAGAAUAAGUUGAUGUUCAAAAAAAUUUGUGAUAUUGUUAAGUUAAUGAUUGAAAAUGCAAAACAUAUUGGUGUCAUUCCAGAUGACAUCAUAGAACAAAUAGGAAAUUUGAAAAAUGGGGAAACUGUGGUGCCAGAAAGGACUAAAAGGAGGAGAAGUAGAUCAUUGACCAGAAUAUUCAAUGGUUUGAAAAAAAUUGUAAGCAAUCGUACAGAAGAUGAAGUAACUGCUGUCAAUACUGUCACUCCAGAUUUACUAUUGACACCAUUGAACUACUCACAUUCAGUUAAAAGAAGAGAAAACUUGAGAACUCGGGAUGACGAAAGGACGGCACCAGUAAAAAAAACUGUUUUAGAAAGAAGAUGGUCUGCAAUAACAACUGCCACCAACAGUUUGAGGCGUAAAAAACGAGAUUCCUUAAUCUACCACCUUAAAAGUGAUUCAAAUUUAGGUUGUUCCAGCACAUCUAAUUCAUUCGCCAACAUAAACUCGAGCACAGAAGGGGAAUAUGUCAAGCUGAUUGAUCAUGACAUAAACAAAGUUUCUAUCCAGAAUCCCCCUGCAAAAUCGCCUGUAACAAAUAAAAUAGUUAAUACAACUCCAGACUAUGUAAAAGUUCCUAAAACAGAGUAUGAGGAAAUUAAAAAUAGGGUGUCGGAAAUUGAAAAAAGACUGUCGAAGGAGCUAGAUACUGUUUCCAAAAGUACAAUAAUUCAUAACAAAGUGAAUAUUAUUAAUGAUAUACAGUCUGCAUAUGAAAAGACGUUGAAUGUUGUGCAGGACCUAAGCCCAGGAACUGAUCAGCUGGCUAGGAGGCUGAGCAAGGAACUUCGAAUCCGCACCUCUGAUCAAAAGACUAUUCGUUCACCAAGCGCAAGGAAAAUCGGAAACAUUAGACGGAGAUCAAAGGAAUUUGAAAAACCUAGUGCAAGUUCAUAUGGCUCGAGUAAUUCACUCUUGAACAGCGAUCCUUCGAAAUCUGCGAAAAGGAGUCAGUCAUUGAAAAGAGCAUCGCCGUUGACCUCACAUUUGCCUAGGAGUAUUUCAUCGCCAAAAGAUGGAAGUUACAAAAUUCAGACACCUUUGACACGAAGUAUAUCCUUACCACGCAGCAAUUUGUGGAAAGCGGCAACGGCACCAUGUAGUGAAUCAUCAAGGAAAACUCCUCUUUUAGCCAGAACAUUAUCUACUAAUUCUCCAGUAACAAAUAGAAUUGUAACUAAUUCCAAAAUUGAUGUCGAACCACAUAUUACUGUCCCAUCUCCAAGCCUUGCUGGUAGUUCAUUUGAACAGUCUUAUGAUAGCCUCUCUCCAGGCUUUAGGAACAAAAACUGUGCAAACGUCAUAAAAUCGUUUGGCCGUUUGGAAAAUACAAUUUCACCAAGAAGCAAGGUCAUCAGAUCCAGGGUAGGGAUUGUGAAAAGAUACAGUAAUCUUCAUCAGAAUACAAGAGGCAGAUGCGUGAACAGAUUGAAGCGUAGGUUCGAAGAAGGAAGUUUCAAUAUUAGUGACGAAGAAAAUAUUGAAAUUGAAAAAGUAUCAAUUCAUAGAAGCAAAGUUAAUACUGUCAACAUCACACCUCACGGUUCUAGUAAUAGGGCAUCUGACGAAAGCGAUGAGGAUGCCGUUUCGAAACUGCCACAGUUCAAAAGAGCAUUGCCUGUUGUUAGGACUCCGAAGAGAGUUUAUAGCUCUUGUACUCCUAAAGGAAGUAGACUGGCGACUCCUCUUAAAUGUCUUCCGGGUAACAGGAUGCUUUCUGAUGUUUAAAAUUUUGAUGGGGAGGUUGUGUUUCAUCCUUCAUACUUUUAUUAGACUUUGGUUAGAAUAGUGCCACUAUAUUUGUCCCGCUUCUAUUUGAGGCAUUACAUAAAAUGUGGUAAAAAAAUUGUAGAUAGGAUAAGAAUGGGGCAAAUAUUGUUCGCUUUAUAACAUGGUAUAUAUACAACGCUGACCUGUUCCCUGCUGGUUCCAAUGUGUGUGCGAGAGAGAGCGUGCAACCGUUAGAACCGCAGUCAAGACUGUCGUCGCCAGACAACAUGAUGACUACACUUGUUUGACGUACUCUCUCUACGUCACGUAUGUGUUGCACGUUUCUAUCUCUCUCUCUCUAUUGUCUUUUUCACGACUUUCCAUUGCGGUACAAGGAGAGCUGAGUAUCUAGUAAUAUUUUAAAAUUCCCCUAACAACUCUUUUAUUUAGAAAAGUCCAUUUGCAUACAAAAAAAGAACGCUACAAACAAGUUUUACUAGAUUUUACACCCGAUUCAUUAUUGCCAACGCUACAGACUAAUAGGAAGAUAUCUCUUGCUUAUCAGCUGAGUAGACGUCAAAACGUGAUGGAUACUCGCGAAAUAGGGUUUAUCUCUUUCAUAUUUUAUCAAAUAUUCUGGUAGAGUCUAUCUAUUUCGCACACAUUGAAAUGGACCAGGUAAAAGGUUUAUUGUCAGCAUUGUAGGUUGCGGUAUCACAACGUGAGGACUUCUUUUACUGUAAGUCGUCACUACCUGAAAUUAUACGCUGGAGUUGACUGACUAUAUCUGACAUAUCUUGCAAAAAAUGAAAUACCUAAUUAUUAUUUUUCUGUAUUGCUGGCUGAAACAAUUGCUCUAGAAAAUUGUGUUUUGAUGCACAUUCUAAAUAAAAAUACAUAUUUUUAAAAUACAGUAUCGUUAUUGCAGGAUAAUAUACUCCAUGUUCUGUAAAAAUAUAUUCAAGUAUAGUUAGUUUGUACAUAACUUGUUUGGUUGAAAAUUUCAUAUUUCAACCACAGAACAAUAGGGUCUUUUUCACGUGUGUCCAUUACGUUUUGACGUCUACUGAGGUGAACAGCUGAUCAUCAACAUUUUUGUAUUAGUGUUUAGUGUUGGCGAUAACGAAUGGGGUAAAACUCAAAACUGUAUUCAGAACAGUAUAUGUCAAACAGAGGCAAAACACAUUUAUCUUGUUUCAUUCCUGCCAGACGUGAAAUAUAAUCACGAUCAUUAGUAGCGUUUGUAGCGUUUCUGGUGCGCGAAGAAACUGUUCUUAAUAAACGCGCUGUUAGGAAGCACGAGGGUUGUUUCCCACAUUUUUUUUCAGACAAUUUAUUUUUUAUUUGAAAAAAAUAAACGAAUUUACCAUUGGAAACUUUGACCUUUAAGCUAUUUUUCUCCAGUCGCCAUUUUUUUCUACGACUUUUUUUAGACGUGAAAGCCAGUUUUUCGCUCCCGCCUCAAGAUAGUCCACCGCCAGACCAUUUAGAAACUUGGUAACUGCUCCUUGCAACUCCUCGUCCGUUUCGAACUGUUGACCGCCUAGGUGCUCCGUCAAUUUCGGACAUGCUAUGUAAGGGCUGUAAGGGGAUGGGCACUCUGUAGCGUACAAAAAAGAUGUGGCUUUGUCUACCUGGGCACCUGGCAUUGACGGAUCCGUCCUUUGUCGAUAUGGAGAAUAUUGAAAUAUUACUAGAUAAUCAGCAGUCAUUCUACCGUAAUGGGUACUCGUGAAAAAAACUAUAUGGUUCACGAAUCGGCGAUCGGUUACUUAACCAUCCAAAAUCAGGAUAUAUAUCUAUGUUCUAUCAGUGUUCCACUAUAUUUUUUCUAUCUGGAUCUGAAUUUACAUAUUAGGUGUUUUGUCAUACUUUUUAUUUUUUAUACGUGUGUAUGUUUAGUCAAUAAAUAGUUUUUUUUUUUAA